AUGAGCGGCCAGGAUGCCCUGGUCGAGCUCCCUGUCAGCAUCCGGUCGGCGUCGAGCACGAGGCGCAUCCCGGUCGAGAAGCUCAUCAUGGUUCACGUCAGCGAGAACCCGCCAAUCAUGUACCUUGUCAUGGGCCAGCUCUUUGCGGUGUUGAUCGACACGGCCAACCUGCCCACGCUCCAGUUGCACGCGGCCGAGCUUUUCGCAGACAAGCUGUCGAGCUUCAUCGACGUUGCCGCGUCGCUUCCUUCGUGGUGCAGGCUCAUCGGUAGAGCGCUCGCUUAG